AUGUUUGGACGUUCUCCUCUUUUGAGAUCUGGGAGCUUUAGGCCUGAAAACUUAGGUCAACAUGCUCUAGCAAUGAUUGGAAAUGUAUGUUUCAGUAUUUUUGUUGUUGGGGUGUUAAUUUUCACCAUUAUUGCCGCUACUUAUGAACCAGAGGAUCCUCUUUUCCAUCCUUCUGAUAAGAUCUCCAACUUCCUCACGUCAACCUCCAAUGCCACUUUUGAGUCUGAUAGUACUGUUAUUAAGACUGGGGAAGACUUCAUGGCAGCAAAUCAAACAGCGUUCAACACUUUCAUAAACAUUACUGAUGUAGCUGAUAGUGCUGAACUUGCGGCUAAUGUGGGGUCUGAUUGUCAAAAUGAGACCGGUAAACCAAUUGACUGCAAGGACCCAGAAGUUUUCCAUACUAUGAUGAGAGCUGCCAUUGAGAAGUUCAAGGACAUUCACUUUUACCGAUUUGGAAAGCCAGUCCGUGGUGAUGAGGAUAACACUUGUGACAUGGCAUGGCGGUUCAGACCUAAAGAAGGGAAGACUGCAUCUCUUUAUAAGGAUUACAGGAGAUUUGUGGUCUCUAGGGCUGAGAAUUGCAGUUUGAGUGUGACAUCAAUAGGUGAGUACCAUACUGGAGUUAAUGCAAGGAAGAGGAAGCUAAACAAGCAAGCUGUCUUUGAGAAGGAAGCCCAAAAAGGUGAAGUGACUUCUUUGCCGGUUGUUGGGGAAAUAGUAAAUGAUAGCCUUCCUGUUGUUGAAUCAGAAGCAGCAUUCAAGAGUGGAAAGUACUUGUACUACGCUGGGGGUGGAGAUAGAUGCAAGAGCAUGAAUCACUACCUUUGGAGUUUCUUGUGUUCACUUGGUGAAGCUCAGUAUUUGAACCGUACAUUGAUCAUGGACCUGAGCAUAUGUCUGUCAUCUAUGUAUACCAAGACAGGACAAAAUGAGGAAGGAAAAGAUUUCCGAUUUUAUUUUGAUUUUGAGCAUUUGAAAGAGGAAGCUUCGGUUUUGGAUCAAAACCAGUUUUGGGCUGAUUGGAACAAGUGGCAGAGGAAAGAUAGACUAAGUCUUCAUCUUGUGGAAGAUUUUAGGGUUACACCUAUGAAGCUCAAAGAUGUGAAGGAUACGUUGGUUAUCAGAAAGUUUGGUACAGUUGAACCAGACAAUUACUGGUAUCGGGUGUGUGAAGGAGAGGCGGAGUCUGUUAUUCAGAGACCAUGGCACAUGUUAUGGAAGUCAAGAAGGUUGAUGGACGUUGUUUCUGCAAUUGCAUCUAGGUUGAACUGGGACUAUGAUUCUGUUCAUAUUGUUCGAGGGGAGAAAGCGCUGAACAAAGAACUUUGGCCUAAUCUUGACAAGGAUACCUCACCUGACACUCUUCUUACGACAUUAAAGGACAAAGUUGAGGAAGGAAGAAACCUCUAUAUUGCUACAAAUGAGCCUGACAGAUCAUUCUUUGAUCCCUUGAAAGACAAAUACACGACUCAUUUUCUAGACGAUUAUCAAGAUCUUUGGGAAACAGACAGCGAGUGGUACACUAAGACGAGGAAACUCAACAACGGAGCACCUGUUGAGUUUGAUGGUUACAUGAGGAUAUCAGUUGAUACAGAAGUGUUUUUAAGGGGUAAAAAGCAGCUGGAGACCUUCAAUGACCUUACAAGUGAUUGCAAAGAUGGGGUAAACACUUGCAGCAGUUCUAGUUAG